CUAAGUAGCCAAGGACGGUUUACUUUUAGAUUGUGGUGUGAUUUAUAGAAAAUAUAAUAAAAAAAAUAUCUAAAUACGAAAUAAAACUAAGUACGUACCGAUUUACAUAUCUGCUUAUUUAAUUUUAUAUUUAUUAUAGAGAUUAAUUGGACUUUGGAUUUCAUAAUCGAUCUGUAAUAAUAAAACUUAUCAUCUCCUGCACGAAGCGUGUAAGUACAUAAUAGUCAUGUUAUGCGGCAGUUCUCGUUUUCUUAGUAGUACGUCAACCGUUGCGAAUACAGCGCGCAAAAUGAACGGGAUUCCACGGCGGAUGUUUUGGCGCGAAAUUAAAAGAACCAAAUGGCAAAGGAAAUUCUCCACAAGUACGAGUGUGGCGAACAAUGAGUUCCUAGUAAAAUCAACGUUGCCCGAUAUUGUUAUACCGAAAAUGAGUUUCACUGAACGGUUAUGGAUAGAUCAAGCAAAUUUCAAAAAUCUUGUUGCAUUGGAAAAUGCAGAAACAAAGAAAACCUACACUUAUCUGCAGCUGCAGAAGUAUAUGGCCACAUUUGCCACGUCCCUAGUGAAGAAGUUCGGUUUGAGACCGGGCGAUGUAGUCGGCAUAAUGUUGCCGAAUUGUCCCGAAUUCCCUGUGGUGGCGUUCGGAUCGCUGCAGGCAGGGUGCGUCGUAACAACUAUCAACCCUAUUUAUAAAGAGUUUGAAAUUUCGCAUCAAGCAUCGAUAACCGAGCCAAAAGUCAUAGUGACCAUACAAGACUGUUACGAAUCAAUAGUGAAAGGAUUAAGAAAUGCAAAAAUUAAUGCCAAAGUGAUAAUAUUAGAUGAACCAAACCAAUCAGGUAUACCUGAUGGAGCUAUUAGAUAUUCAGAAAUCGCUGAGAAUGGUGAAGCAGAUUACGCUAUGUUGGAGAAAAUUGAAAGAAAAGAAGACGAUAUAGCUUUUAUACCGUUCUCUAGUGGUACAACAGGACUGCCCAAAGGAGUAGAGCUUAAUUAUAGGAAUGUUUUGGCUGCAAUGGAGUGUAUGCAAAGAGACGAGAACCGUUAUUCGGAAUUAGCAAAUGGUACCUUCCAAGACAUAGUGCCGUGUAUUCUACCAUUCUACCAUAUUUAUGGUUUGAUUGUGACUUUGACCGGCCAUUUGUGUACUGGGUGCAAGUUAAUAACAGUGCCAAAUUUUUCCGCUAGAUUGUUUAUGAAUUUAUUGAAGGCGAAUGAAGUCAGUUUACUUUACAUUGUCCCGCCCAUUGCGAUUCUCCUUGGCAAACACCCUGAAGUUACAGGGGAGCACUUUAGAAAUGUCAGAUACAUAUUAUGUGGCGCUGCGCCGCUUGCCGCCACUGACGCUCAAGCGAUACUUGAUAAAAGCAAUAACAGACUCCAGUUCAAGCAAGGCUAUGGCGCGACGGAGACGACGUCGAUAGCUACCACAACAUUUAAAAAUGUUGACAAUGUUGAUUAUGACGCGUGCGGGACAGCGAUGGCGGGUGUCACCCUGAAGUUUGUCGAUCCACAGACUGGCAACCCUGUGCCUGUCGGCGAACCUGGUGAGAUAUACAUAAAGGCGCCGGUGGUGAUGAAACGGUAUUACAAAAACGAGCAGGCGACCAGGGAGAGCAUGACAGAAGACGGCUUCUUCAAAACUGGUGACUUUGGACGGUACAAGCCCGACGCGGGUCUGAUCAUUACUGAUAGGAUAAAGGAACUCAUUAAAGUAAAAGGUUUACAAGUCGCUCCAGCUGAACUGGAGAGUCUUCUGCGUUCCCACCCUGCCGUGGCUGACGCGGCGGUUAUCGGCGUACCGCACGACUUCUAUGGGGAAGUGCCAAAGGCCUUGGUGAUACCACGGCGGGACACCAAGGUGACAACAGAGGAACUGCAAAAUUUCGUCGCCAGCAAAGUGGCGCCUUUCAAGCGGAUUGAAGAAGUGGUAUUUGUCGAUAACAUCCCUAAAACCAGUUCAGGAAAGAUAUUGAGGAAGGACUUAAAGAAGAUAUAUUCGUAGAGUUGUUUUGUGGAGAAACUAAUAAUAGAUUGAUAAAUCCAUUACUAGCUUUCACCCGCAGUUUUAUUCGCGUAAUUGGGAUAUGUUGAACGGGAUGAAAAGUAGCCUCUGUCCUUUACCAUCCCUAUUAUAUAUGACGUUUCAUAUUGGAAUUAGAAAAUCUGAACACUUAUUGAAUUAAGUUUUUAUCUUAGAUUAUAUAGGUAGAGCAUUGAGUGUCAAUAAAGGAACAAAAUUUGAUUAGCUAAUUUGACGUUUGGCUUAUUUUUUUUUAAAACCAAAAUAAAACGUGUUUUUUUUUCGUGUUGCACGUAAUCGGAGUAAAAAUUUUCCAGAUUAGAAUGUUUUUUUUUUACAUUGAUACUGGGAACUAUGUUUUUCUGAUACAAUAUAUACUUAUGGUAUGUAUUACUUAUAAAUAUACAUAUUUUAACUUAAAAUUACAAUAUAAUUCCUCCUAUAUAUUGAGUAAUAGAUAUGCAUUAUGGUAACCCUAUUUAUUCAUACACACAAAUAAAAAAAAUUACCAGUUCUUGGUGAAACAUUUGUAUGGAGGCACUCUAUCUAUAUAAUCUAAGGUUUUGUCUGUUACACGCAUUUUUCGUAGACAGAAUUUUUUUGUGUUUUUUUUUUUUUUAAAUGAUGAAUUAAUGACUAAUUGUGUGUUUAGGAUUUAGAAUGAAUAUCUUUUAUUAGAGUAGUACAAUGAAUGUUGGAGGCUACAACCCAGAACAUUAAAUCCCAAGUUGACUAGGAAAAAAUAAAUUAUCUAUAUUUAUUGAAUUUGACCCAGAAUCGAACCUUUUGUAUGAAGUUUCACAUUUGAAAAAUAUCAAAUGACACGUUACUUACGGGCUAUCUCCAAAAAUUAGGUUAAGAGAAGAAUUUGUCAUAAAAAUCAGUCUUAAUUGACACUAGAAUGAAUUUAAAGAGAAAUUGUGAAAAUUGACUUACGGUGAACUAGUUGUAACUCGCGGCUUUGCUCGCGUCGACUAGGAUAAAAGAUUAGCCAAUGUGUUCGUUUAAAUUUCAUUUAUUUUUAUAUAUUUAUAUAAUUAGUAAGAUAGUAAGAUGUGUGAUAUAAAUAAAUACAUAUAACGAAGUAACGAAAUACGGACGAAUUUUUUUU